AAAAACUUGAGGAAACCGGAAUCAACGUAUACCUCUCGUCAGCCACUGUUCAUCGUUCACACAGACCGACAGACACAAGCCCAGGAGAACAUUGAAAUAAGUAUUAAAUAUUUAAAAAAAAUAUAUUGAGAAGAACAAAGACAAUGAGCCGGCCCAGUUUCGAGUUGAACCGCGGUGAAAAGGUUUUGGUCGUCGUGAGCCCCGAGGCGGAGCCGGCACUCGUCCAGGAGUACGUCGAGGCGAUCGGCAAGCAGGUAGAUGGAGACGGUGGCCUCGUCAAAGUCGAAAACUCCCUCAGGCUUAAAACCGGUGACCACCCAGAUUCAUAUUUUGACAUGAUUGUAUCUGGAUUUGUCCCACUCCAGACAGUCGACCAUACAUUUGAGUUCCUCGACAUCCUGCUCAACAUAGCAAAGCCCAAUGGACGGGUCGUCCUGUACGAGACAGUCUCCGACGGCCAUGAGUCGCUCAAAUCAGAGAAAGCUCUCUUGUCAAACCUGACCAUGUCUGGGCUUGUCAAUGUCUGCUGUGAAGAGGUGCAGAUGGAAGAGGAAAAUACGCAGAAACUCAGGGGCCACUUUAAAACGGAAAAUUUUAAAUUGUUCAGCUACAAAGGAAGCAAGCCAAAUUUCGAAAUCGGCUCAUCGGCAAAGAUCAACCUCAAUGUACCUGAGGAUGUGGCGAAUGUAUGGAAAGUUGAUGCGGAUGACGAUGACAUUAUAGACAGCAAUGAACUCUUGGACGAGGCCGAUUUGCAAAAACCUGACCCAUCUUCGUUAAAAGUGUGCGGUACGACGGGGAAGAAGAAAGCGUGCAAGAACUGUUCCUGCGGCCUCGCCGAAGAGCUGGCCCAAGAGGUCAAUGGCAAAGGCGAACCAGCACCGGCGCAGAAGUCCUCCUGCGGAAACUGCUACUUGGGCGACGCGUUCAGAUGCGCGAGCUGCCCGUAUCUCGGCAUGCCUGCGUUCAAGCCAGGCGAGAUCGUCCAACUCGACCCCUCAACUCUAGCAGAUGUCUAGUUUUUCUUUCUUUACCCCCUCUUAUUUUCUCCCCUCCCUUCCCUCAAAAAAACAAAAAUACAACAUGUAGAGUUCUGGGCCUUUAAUGUAAAUAAAAAUCCAAUUUAUCAAUUACAGCAUUUAAACGUU